AUGAGCCAAACGCCUAUCCCUGAAGAGUACGACGACACAAGAAUUAUGGGAUACGAUCCUUUGAUACCUCCUGCUCUCCUCCAAACGGAAAUUAAAGCAUCGAAAAAGUCCCUAGACACCGUUAUAAAAGGAAGAAUCGACUCUUCCAGAAUUAUCAGUGGAAAGGACGAUCGAUGCCUCGUCAUCGUUGGGCCCUGUUCUAUUCAUGAUCCAGAGGCUGCUAUUGAGUACGCCAAUCGAUUAAAGAAGUUAGCGGGAGAGCUAUCUGACGAUCUUGUCAUCAUUAUGCGAGCCUACUUGGAGAAGCCAAGAACCACUGUCGGAUGGAAAGGACUUAUUAACGAUCCUAAUGUGGACAACACUUUUGAUAUAAACGAAGGCUUAAGAGUGUCGAGAAAGUUGUAUGCUGAUUUAACGGGAGAGGUUGGUAUUCCUAUUGGAAGCGAGAUGUUGGACACAAUCUCUCCUCAGUACUUCUCUGACCUCUUGAGCUUUGGGGCUGUUGGUGCUAGAACGACAGAAUCCCAGCUCCAUCGAGAAUUGGCCUCAGGUUUAUCUUUUCCUAUUGGCUUCAAAAAUGGCACAGAUGGAAACGUGGGUGUUGCUUUGGAUGCUGUCCAAGCGUCGUCUAAGGGUCACCACUUUAUGGGUGUAACUAAAAAUGGCUUAGCUGCGAUCACCACAACGAAGGGUAAUGAUCACUGCUUUGUUAUUUUAAGGGGAGGCAAGAAUCUCACUAACUACGACUCUGAGUCCGUGAAAAAUGCGAAGGCAGCGAUUGCAAAAAGUACGGAUCCAAACAUAAAAAUCAUGGUGGACUGUUCUCAUGACAAUUCUAAAAAGGACUACAAGAAUCAACCCUCUGUCUUGCAGUCUGUCGUUGAGCAGAUUGAGAACGGAGAGCAUGCAUUGAUGGGUGUAAUGAUUGAAUCGCACAUAAAUGAGGGAAAGCAGAACAUGCCACCAGGGAAUGAGGGAAAAGCCGCUCUCAAGUACGGUGUGUCGAUCACAGACAGUUGUGUUUCAUGGGAGACAACGGUGGAUAUGUUGAAAAACUUGUCCAAGGCAGUGCAGAAACGGAGAAGCGCGACUCAGUGA